AAUUCAUUUCUCGGGGUUUUAAAUCAAAUGAACAUGGUUGAUGUCAAGUUGACCUGAAAAUUUAUAGAGGAAGUUUAGAUUAAACAUGUAGGGCAAACUUGUUCAUCUAGAGACAAAUGAGAAAUGUUUACACUUCUUUCUGGACUGUGGAAAUAUGUUUUCCAAAAAGAUGAAUACUGUGUGCUCAUUCUUGGCUUGGAUAAUGCCGGUAAAACGACAUUGUUGGAAAACAUAAAAAGAAAAUUUGCUCUAAACUACAAAGGAAUACCAUUUGACAAGAUUCAUCCAACAGUUGGAAUGAAUGUUGGCCGCAUUGAUAUUGAAGGGAUUAGGCUGAUAUUUUGGGACCUUGGUGGUCAACAAGAUCUCCAGUCUCUUUGGGAUAAGUAUUAUACAGAUGCACAUGGCGUCAUGUAUAUCGUUGACUCAUCUGACAAGACAAGAAUUGAUGAAUCGAUGGCUAUCCUUGAGAGUACAUUUAUCCAUGAUAACUUGGAUGGCAUCCCUCUGCUGCUACUUGCAAACAAACAAGACAAAGAUAGUGCUACAAACGUAGAUGAGAUUAAAGGCAAAUUCAUGCAAAGCUCUGUAAGAUUUGAUGAGAGGGAUUGUCUGGUUCGUGGUAUUUCUGCAUUGAAUGGCGACCACAUUGAAGAUGGAAUCCGUUGGAUUGUCAAAUGCGUCAAACGGAACCUGGACCGACCCCCACGUGAGAAAAUAAUUACAUAAUGUUCUGCAAAAGUUUCUGAAAAUACGCAUUCGAGGCUAAUUUGCCGAACCGCCAAGGCUACCCUGAUGGAAACGAGGUCGAUAUUCGUCAUCGCCAGAACUUGAAAUAGCCAUCGACAAAGCCCUGUUUAGGCCAUGAUGGACUUUGGCCUCUUGCAGAACAGACUCUUUAUUAGACUCAUAUUAAUUAUACAUAGUACAUCUUUAAAUGCAUAUGAAUUACAGAAUUUAGGUAUCUUAGAAUAUGCAAUGUAAAUGAAAAUUAUCGUUUUAAUGUUAAUGAAUAACUUAAACAACUACAAGCAUUUUUGUUUUUCACUCUUGUUUAGUGUUGAUAUGAAAAUUGUGUAUCUUGUGUGGUUACGAAACUGGGUAGCCUGAGAUUAUUCAAAAAGCUAUUAGUUUCUGUUUUUAAGAGGCUUUGAGGUCAGAAACACAGCGAUCGAUAAAAUAAGGGGGGAGGGAGCAAUCGCUGACUCUGUUUUUGAAAAUACUAAAAAGACUUUGUUAGCUGGACUUAAUGAUUCUCGUUUUCAGAUGUUAAAGAUUAAGUUGAGAAAUUCAAAUGAUUGGGUAUAGAUCCAAGUGCGCUGUAAGAAAGUUGGA